AUCGAGAGCAAUUGCGACUGCCAGCCAGUGUUGUUCUACGAGCUCCACCUGAUAUCCUCGUCGUCUCAAACUACCAGUUUCGAGCCUUAGCUUCUCGUCGUGCGGACUUGUGCGCCAAGCUGCUCGCGUCCUGGACUACCUGCAUUGGAGCCGUCUAGCCUCCUCUAUAUACUCGUGUCUCUGACUCCACUCAUCCCCUCCCUCUUCUCAUUCUGUUCGUUCGCUCUGUCGAAUUCGCCUCCCCUUCUCCUCCUGACCUGAAUUCCUCUGUCCUCCUCCAUUGUCCAGCUUUAGCCUCAGAAUCCUCAACGCCUGUCAAAUUCCUCCGCUCGAGCCGCGUCUGCCACUUCGUCCGUGGCCGCACUUGCCUUUCCCAAGUCAGAGAGUAAUCUAAUCAGACUCUGAGAUAAAUCACAAAAUCUCGUUCAAUCUCCAAAGACAGAACCAUUGUGAUGUGUUCCUGCGCCAUUUAGCGAUUCGAGCCAAGGGAUGGUUACCAAGAGAUCUGUCGGCGGGAUUCGGCGGGAAUCGAGUUAUUAGCAGGCUCCGCGAGUGAGUUCCUCCGAAAAAUCUCCGCUUAGUAGUAUUCGUCGUCCUCGGAACGACCGCGCUGAAAGCUUGUUCGAGGAGUUCGGUCCAAAAUGUUGGGUCUUAAGAGUGCUUCUGCAGCGUCGCUUGCAAGCAUCACCAAUCAAAGCACUGCAUUAGCCGGCGGUCAUGGGAACCUGUCGCAACAGAUCUCGCUCAAAGCUUCCGCCGCGCAGCACAGAGGUGGCAGGAAGAAUUCCAUGAGCGUCAAAUGCCAGAGCACUUCCAGCCUGCCUCCCCCUCCCGUAGACACGCACGUAACAGAGGCGUCUCCGUCCAGAAUCCAGAGGGCCGAGUUCCCGGCUCCGGACAGGGCUGCGCCUCAGAAAUCGGGCAAGCGUCGGAAUUUCUUCCAGCAGAUGGCCGCCUCCGCCCUGGACCACAUUGAGCGCACGGUCGUGCGGCACAUCGAGUCGCAAGUGCCUCUUCCUUCCACCGCGGAUCCUCGCGUGCAACUGGAGGGCAAUUUUUCGCCCGUGGAGGAAAGCCCCGUUCAGCACGAGCUCGAAGUGGUGGGCAAACUGCCGGCGAAUCUGCAGGGCGUAUAUAUGAGGAAUGGCGCGAAUCCGCGGUUCCAACCCGAGGGCGGCCACCAUUUUUUCGACGGGGAUGGCAUGAUUCAUGCAGUGCGGUUCAAAGACGGGAUUGUGAGUCACUGCUCGCGCUUCACGAAAACGUACCGCCUGCGCGUCGAGGAAGAAGAGGGGCAUCCGCUCUUCCCGAAAGCCAUCGGGGAGUUACACGGCCACGGCGGGGUGGCUCGUCUAGCCUUAUACUUUGCACGCAGCUUGGCCGGAAUCGUCGACUCGUCCCAAGGGAUGGGCGUCGCAAAUGCAGGACUCAUCUACCACAAUGGGCGCCUGCUCGCCAUGUCGGAGGACGAUCAGCCGUACCUGGUGCGCAUUAAGGAGGACGGCGAUCUGGAGACCGUGAGAAAGUUCGACUUCGACGGCCAGCAUCACAAAUCGAUGAUUGCGCACCCGAAGAUCGACCCGGCCACGGGAGAAAUGUUCGCGCUGAGCUACAAUCCGCUCAUGCCGCCGCAUCUCUACUGCUUCCGGGUCGGCCCGGACGGGAAGAAGGCGCCCGAAGUGGCCAUCACGCUGCCGGAGGCGACGAUGAUGCACGAUUUCGCCAUCACCAAGCGCUUCGUGGUGAUCCCGGACCAGCAGGUGGUGUUCCGAAUGACAGAAAUGCUCAAGGGCGGAUCCCCAGUCAUCUACAACCCCGAGAAGAUGGCGCGGUACGGCCUGCUGCCCAAGUACGACAAUGAUGAGAGCCGAAUUCAAUGGAUUGAGGUGCCGGACUGCUUCUGCUUUCACCUGUGGAAUGCGUGGGAGGAGGGCGACGAGGUGGUGGUUCUGGGCUCGUGCAUGACGCCGGCCGAUUCCAUCUUCAACGAGUCUGAUCAGCCGCUGCGCAGCCUGCUCUCGGAAAUUCGCCUCAACACCACGACGGGCAAAUCGACGCGCAGAGUUCUGGCCGAGACCAAUCUGGAGGCAGGCCAGCUCAAUCGCUCGUACGUCGGCCAGCAGAACAGAUUCUUGUACCUGGCGAUCGCCGAGCCCUGGCCCAAGAUUUCGGGCAUUGCGCGCGUCGAUCUGCAGGCAGAGGAAGGCGUUCGCGUGACCAAGCACCUCUACGAGGACGGCUGCUACGGGGCCGAGCCGGUGUUCGUGCCGCGCACCUCCGACCCCAAUGCGCCGGAGGACGACGGCUACGUGCUGACUUUCAAGCACAACGAGAAAACCGGUCGAUCCGAGCUUCUGGUGCUGGACGCCAGCUCGCCAUCGCUGGACCUGCUGGCCACCGUGAAAUUGCCCUCCAGAGUCCCCUACGGAUUCCACGGGACCUUCGUGAGCGAGGCCGAUCUGGCCAAGCAGUCCCUGGAGUGACGAUGCGCCGGAGCCUCGGGCGCCAUCACGCAAUAACGACCACGGCGCAUGCUGCCGUGGGUGUGGAAUACAUCUUGUAGAUUAUCGCCUGCGCCAUUUUUCACCAAAUUGGGGGAAUGCCCAAUCGCAAUAACUGCAGCCAUUCGCACAGUAGACAGAAUAACAUUUCCUCUACAUUAGAGCUUAGCAAUUUGUACUAUAGAAUUCCGGAACUGAACACACAAUGACUCAACCCAGUCAUAAAAUCAGGCGGUGUACUUUGAAAAUUAUAGUACCUACACAGCACUCCCGCAAUCUGUCAGUCAGAAGGGGGAAGUGAAUAUUUUUUGACUCCAAGAAGGGCGCCUCAUUCUCUUUCUCCUGGGAGCUCAGAAACACUAUACUCCAUAUUUUUUUUGUAGCAUAGGUCACAUAUGUAAAGAUUUAGAGCACCUCGGUGAGCUUGAGCUUAUCCGGCCUUAGAUGUACAUAACAGACGUUUCUCAUCGAUCUUCAAUGUAAAGAUCCUUUCAAUCCAUAAAAUCCUCUCGAUGCCCC